AUGGGCAGAGCAAUGGUGGCCAGGCUCGGGCUGGGGCUGCUGGUGCUGGCAUUGCUCCUAUCCACGCAGAUUUAUUCCAAUGAAACAACUGUUGUAACAGUUUCAAGUAACACCCCCCAGAGUACUUCGACUACCCCAAAUCCAGCUAAUGCCACCAUCAAGGCGGUUGGUGGUGCCCUGCAGUCAACAGCAAGUCUCUUUGUGGUCUCACUCUCUCUUCUACAUCUCUACUUGUUAAGAGACUCGGGCCAAGAAACAUCUUCUAAACUUCCCCAUCUUCUAAACCAAAUCCAAAUGGUGUCCGGAAGUCCAAUGUGGCAAGGAAAAACAGGUCUUCAUCUAAUCUAUAAUUCCACACCUUUUAUUGACACAGAAAAUGUUUAGAAUCCUAAAUUUGAUUGGUUUGAAGAAUGUAUGCGAGGUUUGACUAGAUGAUGGAUGCCAAUAUUAAAUCUGCUGGUGUUUCAUGUACAAGAUGAAGGAGAGGCAACAUCCAAAAUAGCUAAGACAUGAUUUCCUUGAAUGUGGCUUAAGAAAUAUGGACACUUAAUACUACCUUGAAUAUAAGAGUAGUAAUAAAGAAUGUAAUUGUGGAAUGGAGAUUCAGUUUUCAUUUGGUUCAUUAAUUCUAUAAGGCCAUAAAACAGAAAACUACAUGGGAACAAACAGAUUGAACACAUCUGAAGCUACUGUGUGUGUGAAUGAACACUCUUUUGCUUUAUUCCAGAAUGCUGUACAUCUAUUUUGGAUUGUAUAUUGUGUUUGUGUAUUUACACUUUGAUUCAUAGUCACUUCUUAUGUUAUGGAAUUGAUUUGCAUUGAAUACAAACUGUAAAUAAAAAGAAGAAAUGGCAAAAAAAAAAAAAAAAAAAAAAAAAAAAAAAAACAGAAA